GUUUGGUUGCGUGUUGGUGUAUUUUACUGUUUGCAAUAAAGAGGGGGGGAUUUUUUUUUGUUCAGUUUCUGCUGCAAUUAACUCUUGGGCCCUCGCGCGCCUUGCUUUUUUUUUUUUUUUCCUUCCCCCCCCUUUUUUUUUUUUUUUUUUUUUUUUCCCGGAGGGGGGCCAAUUCCGCAGCGGGCUCCCAACAGUUUUUGUUUUUUUUUUUUUAAUUAUUAUUAUUAUUUUUUUUUUAACGUUUUUUAUUCUUAUUAUUUUCCGCCGGGCGCGUUGCUUGCCCGGAGCCGCCUCCGUCCGCCCGCUCCCCGCCAACUAUUAAGGCGCAACUAUGCCCAAAAGAAAGGCUCCAGCUGAAGGCGAGGCAAAGGAGGAGCCAAAGAGAAGGUCAGCUAGACUAUCCGCUAAACCUGCUCCGCCUAAACCGGAGCCAAAGCCCAAAAAGGCAGCACCUAAGAAAGAAAAGGCAGCAAAUGAUAAAAAGGAGGACAAAAAGGCAGCAACAAAAGGGAAGAAAGGAGCCAAAGGCAAAGACGAAACUAAGCAAGAGGAUGCUAAAGAAGAAAACCACUCUGAAAAUGGAGAUACCAAAACUAACGAGGCACCAGCUGCUGAAGCAUCUGAUGAUAAGGAAGCCAAGUCCGAGUAAUGUUAACCCUGCCCUAUAUCUCCAUCAUUUGGUAUCCGUACCUCCAUGCUGUAUUGUUAACAGAGAGGAAUAUUUUUAUCAACUAUUUUAUAAAUGCAGGUUUUUUUAGCAUGAAUUUAAUUAUGGAACAUCUUCAUCUCGGUUACUUGGGAAUUAAAUCCCUAACAAACAAAGCAAAACGACAAAAAAAAAAUCAUUGUUUUUAAAUUUUGUGAUUGUAAUAGUUUGUAUGGUACAUGGAAAGAAUAAGUGGUGGUAGCUUUUGACUUCUGUCAGUGUGUCCCUUUUUGUGUAAGUCAUGCUUACAGACUUCAGAUUUUAAUUUUACCCUUGUAUGUGUUGUAUGGUUUCUUAAAGUGGGGAGGUCUCAAAACAGAUAACUGUGUUAAACAUUCCAGUGGUUCUGUGGGUUGCUUUUAUAAAGAAGGUGAGCUAUUUUCAUGAAAAACCUAAGAGCUGGAAAUCUGUUGUUUCCCAAAUGUAAUUUUAUUUUGUCAGUUUUGAAAAAAAAAAUAAAUAAAAGUGUAAUCACGUUUUUAAAUGAAAUACAAACAUUUCUUUUAAAAGGGCAGGUUGGUUGUAUGUACCCACUGUUAGGAAUUUUGCUGGAUUUAUCUUAAUAAAAAAGACUCCUCAAAA